CAAUUGUGCAAAACACGGCCGGCCGGGAAUAAUUACGACAUGCCAAAUCCGAGAUCAGUCCGUAGCAGUCAGAGGUCUGUUCUCGCAUGCACUAAUUGCUCUCGGCGCAAGAUCAGAUGUUCCAAGGCUAUUCCCUGCAUAGCAUGCGUGCGCCAGAACAAGGCUGCGCAAUGUCAGCGAGAGCCUGUUACAGUUGUUUCGAGGCGCUCGGUAGGGCGUUCCAGGGCCUCGACAGUACCGGAUGACCCUGUAACUGAUCCAGAGCCUGUGCACAACGCAGAGGGUGCCGGCCCUGCGCCAGCGUUGCCAACCCCAGUUCAGGAAGUCCCUCUUACUGUCGUCCCCUCGGCUUCGACUACUGUUGCAAGCAGUGAUGAAUCCCUGCCGCAGAUUGAUGAUCAGAUGCUCGAGCAGCUAUUGGCUUCCCUAUCGACGCCCGACACGCGGUUGACCAACGAAGCUGCUGCUAUGCUAGAGUUCCUUACUCAUGGCCGGCGCAAUAUCCUUAACCGAUUUAUUGGACGAGAGUCAAUUUCUACCUCUUUGACCCAGCCUGUUCAGAAGUGGGAUACAUUCCUACCUGUCAAGGAUGCUCGUUCGUUACUAGUGCUUCAUGAGAAGCAUUUGACUUGGAUGCAUAACACGGUCCAUAUGCCAACAUUUCUUCGAGAGUUUGACGAGAAUGUCCUGAUGCUCACAUGCGACAGGAGUUGGAUAGCUCUAUAUUAUGCUCUUCUCUCCCAAACGCUCUACCAUCUCGAUAUUGAAUACUUGUCAUCUCGGCAUCAACCAAUAACAGUCGACAGUCAAGCGUCUCGUAUUUUGUUUGACAAGAGUAGAGAGUUGCUUUAUGAAGCCGAGUUCAUGGAUACGCAUAAGCUGACAUCGGUCCAAACCAUUUGUCUAUUGGUCCAAGUGGCUCACAACUUCGACAAGUCUGACCUCAUCUGUGUUCUGGUAUCCGCUGCUAUUCGCAUCGCUCAGUGUCUGAACCUACAUCGGUUGGGACCCGAUGGCCAUGCUGCUGGCCGCAACGGAGGUGCCAAUGAGAUCGUUGACCGUGAAGUGCGAAAACGAGUCUGGUGGUUUCUCGUCCGUUAUGACUGGCUACAGAUUCCGUUCCAAAAUACUUGCCAGAUCCACUUGGCACAGUUCAAUACUCCCUUUCCCACUAAUUGCCAUGAUGAUCAAGAGCGCAUGAUAAAAGACGGCAGGAUCAAUGCGCAGCCGGCUGAGAUCAUCACCAUCACCACCUGGACGAAUUGUCUCGCCCAAAUGUCGGUUUUUAUGUGGAAACACCAUGAUCGCAUGUCUAAAUUGGGCAACACAGGGACUGAGGAUGUUCAUGGAAGAUACGAGGAAGUCGUCCGAGGCGACGAAGAGAUCAAGAACCUGUACCUCUCAUGGUCCGAUACGCUACGGGAUGUCAAUACUACACCAAGCCACAGUCCAGCAACCGAUGGCCUGCCUACGGGCCUAAUGCCAGCGAUGCUUCUGAUGAGUAUCGCCCAGAAGAUCUUUACAAUCCAUCGUCAGUUCCAGUUGUCAUGUUUUCGUGAUCGGCGAUUCGCUUUCUCCCAGCUUUCCUGUGUGAUGAUCACGGAACGAAGUAUCGAGGCGUUUCAGCGAUGGCCUGACUCUCUCGAGACGCGCAUCUGCCGCAGAAUGUGGACUACGCUGUCGUACAUGAUUAGUUGCUCAAUUACUCUCCUCUUCGCCUUGCUCUUCAAUGGCCAGAAUGCCCUCACACAUGAUUCGGAGAGGCUACGUGGUUACGUAAAGUUUGGCAAAGACUUCCUCAGUAAAGAAGCACAUGCAAGCUCAAUCGCUCGUCGAGGAGUUCGAUUGCUCAGCGCAUUGAUGGACCUGGAACGCUCAUCGGAAUUCUCGGUAGAUAUUGAGGCUGAGAUUGGUGACACUAUACGUCGUGUAGCGUUGGCAGAUGACGAUGGUGUUGAAGCAAACCCUGGUGAGGGGUAUCAGAUGGUCUUUCCGUAUGGACAGGACCUUUGGGAGAGCCUUAUGAGGGAACCACUUGGCGAAGACUUGCUUUAGUGAUUACAAUGGAUGCAAAGAUGGAU